UGUAGCCGUUGAAAGAAGAAGACGCUCCUCUUGAGACGCGAGUGUUCCGUUGGCGGCGGGGUGCGAACACGGGAGUCUCCCACCGGCCAAGCGGGAGAGAAACGAGACCCCCUUUUUUUGUUCGGUUCAGCAGCCGGGAAGAAGUCGCAUGGAUUUACUGAACACUUCCGCCAUUUUUCGGGCGACGCAGGACGCUUAGAAAACAAGUCAGUCAAUUCAGCACGUCCCAAGUGGGAGAUCUCGAUCUACCCGGCGGUGCUGCUAAUUAUGGGGACAUCCCAUCAGGGCAGAGCUGUAUGGGGGUAAGACGGCUGAGAGGACACACCGGGGGACACGAGGCUGAGGGUACUGGUCUGUUUUGGAACAAAAAGGUGGUGACGGCUGCAGCACCCUGUCAUGGCGCGGCGGAGACUGAAGCUGGUGACGGUGAUCAUGAUGGUCAACUUCUUCAUCUUCAUCAUCAUCUCCCGCCACAGCAGCCAGGACAAGAACGGCCGUCACAAGGUCCACAUCCCCCCCAAACCCUUCUGGUCCGAGCUGGUUCCCAGUCCGGCCUACUGCAACCGCCAGCAGCAGAUUCUGGACUUCCACAACAAUCCCGUCCUGGCGGCUAACUACAGCGCCGCGGACGUGCCCGAUUGGCUCAACGAGACCGGUGUGACCUCCUCCCCCUGCCGGCCUAACGACAAGGUGACCACUCAGGUGAAGGACUACAACUCCCUGCCGGUCCGCUUCAAGGACUUCCUGAGCUUCAUGCACUGCCGGUCGUACCCGAUCAUGGUGGACCAGCCCGAGGUCUGCAAGGACCCGCCGUUCCUCCUCCUGGCCGUCAAGUCCCUGGCGCCGCAUUUCGAGCGCCGCCAGGCCAUCCGCCAGUCCUGGGGACGGGCCGGGGUCGUAGCCAAUAAGACGGUGGUCACCGUCUUCCUCCUCGGCAACACCAUGGCCGGCGACCACCACCCGGAUCUGUCCGGGAUGCUGCAGUACGAGGGCCUCCACCACAAAGACAUCAUCCAGUGGGAUUACCGGGACUCCUUCUUCAACCUGACCGUCAAGGAGGUCCUGUUCCUGGAGUGGAUCCAGAACCGCUGCCCCGGAGCGCGCUUCGUCUUCAAGGGCGACGACGACGUCUUCGUCAACACCUUCCGCAUCCUGGACUUCCUCGGGGGCCUCUCGGAGCCCAAAGCCAGGGACCUGUUUGUGGGCGACGCCAUCACCAACGCUGGGCCGCACCGGGACAAGAAGGUGAAGUACUUCAUUCCGGAGAGCAUGUACGUCGGGCCGUACCCUCCGUACGCGGGCGGGGGCGGCUACCUUUACUCUGGGGACAUCGCCGCUCGCCUUCACAACGUGUCGCGCCACGUGGCGCUCUACCCGAUAGACGACGUCUACACGGGGAUGUGUCUCAGGAAGCUGGGGCUGGCCCCCGAGAAGCACAAGGGCUUCAGGACCUUCAACAUAGAGGAGAAGUACAGGUCCAACCCCUGCGCCUACAAGAGCCUGAUGCUCGUUCACCCGCGGACGCCGCAGGAGAUGAUCCAGAUCUGGGCGUGGCUUAGCAGCCCCGGUCUGAAGUGCCAGUGACGCCUCCGCAGGGGGCCGUCACUCGAGAGCCGGCAGCUUUUUGUGUCGGUCACGUGGAGCCACGGCUCGGAGGCCAUCGCGCCGUACCUUUAAGAAGACGGACGUCACAGUAUUUCUGACUCCAUGUCAGACCUCCGCAGACGAGCCGACCACCGCUUCGCUACGUGUCCUCUUGCACAUAUUUAUACCACAACUAUUUAUGGCCUUCGUAAUGGUGUGUGUGUGUGCGUGUGUGUGUGUGUGUGUGUGUGUCACACAAUGCUGUAUUGUAGACUAGAGAGACCUGGGAUUUGUCCACCAGAGAGUCUCUGCGUUCAGCUCAGGUGAAACAGACCCCGGGUCAGCUGAUUGAAACGUUUCAGGGCCUCGCUCACAUCAGACACAGCGGCCGUAAUCAAAGGAGCCUUUUCUUCUCUAAACAACCUUCGUACUUGUUGAGCUCUCAAACAUCCAGUCAAACUACAGACGCAGAAACAACGUCUGAAAUUCACGAUGUGUUGAUUCUCCAAACGUAACUUUUCCAAUACUUUCUUCCUGAAUGGAGCUCCGGUCAAUCGGUGCUAAGCUCUGCCAGCCGAUUGUUUUUGUUUUUGUAUUAGCGUCCUCUUUUUGUAAUUUUAUUUUGUUUUGUAAUUUACUCACACACAGAAUCUGUGUCAUUUUACGGCGCAGCUGUUGCCAGAUGUGGCGUUUUGCCGCCGUGGGAGGAGCUUCCCGGUGAGCACGUCCUGGUUGACGUGUGGCCGGAGGCUCGGUCUGUGCUGCUGUUCCGUCCACACUCCCUGAAGUAUUCACUCAAACCCAACCUGUCGGCCUGCCCGACCUUUGACCCCGCUCCCCUUCGGCCGGUCCAGGCGGAGCGAAGGCGGAUUGAGUCUCUGCAGCUCAGCCGGUCUGAGCCCCGUUCCCCCCGGGAGAAAUCCCAAUGCUGUCCCACUGCGUUUCAGGGUCCUGUGAAGCGCAAGUGUGCUUUCAGAGAUAUUUCUACACGUGUGUGUGUGUGUGUGUGUGUGUGUUGAUGCGUGUGUUGAUGCUGCCUUCAUGUCAGUGAAUCAAACCGGUCGAACUUUACGUUACCGGAGUUCUUCUGCUGGAUGUUCAUCUGACUUCAUUCCAAAAUGUUACGAGGACUUUGUUCUUCACCGGCUUUCAGCUUUAAAGUGUCCGUAUUGUGUCACAGCCGUUUGGCUUUUAGUCCUUUUUACUGACUUUGUGAGAAUCGCUGCUCGUAUUAUUUACUCUGCAUUCAGCGUGUGAGACGCACCUUGAGCUUUUUUCGUCGUCUUGUUAUGUCGAUGGAGACAGUGUUUGUUCCCUUUAGAAAAAGUGUGUGUUUGUGUGUGUGUGUGCGUGCGCCUGCCUGUGUUGGAGCGCCCCCUGCUGGUCGGAAUGAGGCUCUUUAGCCUUACCUUUAAACUCUCAACCGCCCGGUUCUGUUACUGUAAAGUAACAAUGCCUUUUUGUUUUGGUGGUUAUUUUUGAUGUCAGAUUUUAUUUUUCACAAGAAAUCAGAAAGUUAGACAAUCACAACAAGGUCAAGAAGUCUUUUUUUGUUUUUUCGGGCUACCUGUGAAUCGAACACUAAGGCGUAAUCCUCCUCCUCGUACCAACGAGCGCUCGCUCUCGUUCAUGCUGCAUCACUUGAAUUAUGUUUACAUGCUUUUAAAAAUACCUGUUCAUGUAUAAGCAUCUGAUUGGCUGUGGCUGCAUUUUCUUUUUCUGCCGUUUUCGGUUCGCUCUCCUCAUGUUGGCCUUUGCAGACUCAUCACUCACUUUAUUGCUUCACGUGCUUCCAUGUUAUCGUGCCUUGUUCACACCUUGUUUUCUGAUGUUUUCAGAGGUGGAUCAGGAAACGGGUAUUCGUAAUGAUACAGGAGAAAACAAAUCAUCACGUUCACAAGGCUUUAACUCAUAUUUACAAGUGUUAUAGAACACUUUAGGUUAUUUAGAAAUGUUAUAAGUCUCACCUGCACUAUUCAGUCGAUUCCCAAACGUGUGCCUGAUGUCGUCUUAGUGCGCUUUUAAGACUUGAUAAGUUAUAUUUUGCUGUAUUUUGUAUGUAUCCUGUUCUAUGCAUUUUUAUUGGAAUGAAAAUAAAUAAUGUGAAGUAAACCUUUUA